AUGGCGUGGGUUCCGAGUGCCCUCAAGCACAAAAGAAUUCAAAUAUAUGAGGCAGAGGCGACGGAGCUAAAGUGUGGAGGAAUAGUGGUGGCAUGUACAUUUGACCAUCGGAUAGUUGAUGCCUACUCGGUCAAUAUGUUCAUGGUGUUUUGGGCAGAAACGGCUUGCUCUGCUGCACCCAUUUCCCUCCCUCCUUCCUUCCAUCUCUCUCUUAUCAACCCAAGCCAUCCGCUCUGCUUUGACCUUGCUCUAGACCGCAUGUACAUCCCGGUCUCCGCAUUGUACCCACCUCCCAAACACAAGCUGCAAGUGGACAAUGACUGCCUGUACUAUGUGACCACUACCAAGCUAAGUGAGUUACAGCAGAGUGCCUACUCCAAUGGAAGCAAGAGGACUAAGUUGGAAUUGUUCAGCGCUUUCCUUUGGAGGAUGGUGGCUGAAUCCUCCUUGGUUGUUGAUAAUGAUGACAACAAGACAAUGUCAAGGAUGGGGAUCAUGGUGGACGGCAGGUGUAGGUUGAUGAGUCAGGGCGAGGACGACAAGCCCACACCCAUGUCAUCCUACUUUGGGCACAUGCUGUCAGUGCCAUUCGGAGAGAAGAGGGCGAGGGAGGUGGUGGAGAAGCCAUUGAGCUGGGUGGCAGAUGUGGCGCACAAGUUUGUGGAGAGGGCGGCAACGAAGGAGCACUUUCUGGACUUGGUAGAUUGGGUGGAAGAACACCGGCCAGUGCCAGCAUUGGCAAGGAUAUUUUGCAAGCCCAGCAGUGAGGUGGAGGAGGAAGGGUCGACGGCACCCGUGGUGUCAUCUGGACAGAUAUUCCUAGUGAACGGGAUGGACUUCGGGUUGGGGAAGCCAGUGCUGGGGUCCUACCACUUCCCAUGGGGAGGCAAGGCUGGGUACGUUAUGCCCAUGCCCAACCCACUCUCCAACGGGGAUUGGGUGGUCUACCUUCACCUCCCCAAGUCUCAAGUAGCCUUCAUUGAGUCCCACCCUCCCACCGUCUUCAGGCUGUUGACCCCUCACCAUCUUAACCUCCUUUGGUUCUUCUUGUUCUUCUUCUGUGAGUAUCGUUAA